GAUGCCCAAGUCCACGCUAUUCUCUCACCAAUCGGUGACGUCACCCCACGUGAAUCCCCUGCAAUUAAAAUUUAUAUAACUCAUUCCUCUAUAAUUCUCCACCACGUCGUUUACCUCGCCCACAUUAUUUUCUUAGAGAAGUCGAAUUAAGUGUCUAUAUAAAAGAAAGAUGGAGGGCGUGAAGAGGAGGGUGGUGGCGCUGACUAUCGACGGCGGAGAGCCGCCGGAGAAGAGGAUGGAAUCGAUGAUAAGGGAGAAUCCAGUGGUUGUCUUCAGCCGGAGAUCAUGCUGUAUGUGUCAUGUGAUUAAGAGGUUACUGGCGACGGUAGGCGUGCACGCGACUGUGAUCGAAUUAGAGGAGGCGGAGGCGGCGGCGGCAUCCGCCGUUGGGAUACUUCCGGCGUUGUUCAUCGGGGGAAAGCCGAUCGGAGGACUCGAAGGGCUUAUGGCGCUCCAUCUAAGUGGAAAGCUUGUGCCCAGGCUUCAGGAGGUGGGGGCCUAUGUAAUAUCUGAUUAGAGGAAGCAAAACGCGUUGGAUUAGUUUGUAAAUUUGAAUUAGAAGUGAAAAACAAUUGCAAAAAAAUAGUUCAGCAGUGCGCUCUGCAA